GAGAAUCUUGUCUAAACUUUGAAAAUAGUUCUUUUAACUAACUCAGCAUAAAAAUGGAUAAUUCUCAAAUCAUGAAAACAAAUGAUGAUAACAUAAUGACAGUGAAACAUAAAAAACACGGAAGAUUUGUUCGUUUUCUCUCACAUCUUAGACGUAAACCACAUAAUGAUUCAGAGACAAAGACAAAAAACACAACAUCAACAACACCAACACUUCCACCAUUAAUGUCUUGUAUGAAUUCAGAAUCAUUACAGACUGUGUCAUCUACAACACCUCAUUCCCAUGGUUGUUCAACUAUCUCUAAUUGGUUUACUGGUAAAAGUAAAGAGAAUGUUCAUGACAAACGAACAAGUGUAAAACGGAAAAAAUAUCAAGAAAUUGAAGGAACUGUUUUAUUUGAUUACACAACAAGUUCUGAUGUAUAUGAUAGAAUUUUAAAAAAUAGUAUAUUAGGUACACGUUUAAUUAAAAAAUCUGUUAUAUGCAAUCGUCGAUCCGGUGCUAUAAUUGCUUAUGGACCAGAGGAUUUUACACCAUCUAUUGAACAAAUUAAUAAAUUUUUAAUAUUAUCACAAGCUGAACGAGCUGAUCGUGCAAUUAUAGAUAGACAUUUUCAAAUAGCUAUGGAUUCUUGUUUAUAUAAAGAUGUUGAUGAUAAAACUGGUGUACUUCUAGCUGAUGUACUACAAUAUUAUACAAGACCUAAUACAAAUGAAUCGAAUGUUGGCAAACAUGAAUUAUCUGGUUUAUUAACAAAAAAUUCAUUAUUGAUUGGAAUCUAUGAAGUUGGCAAUAGAACUACUAAUGAUGCUAAACAAUUAUUACUUGAAAUGCGAGAUUAUUUUGAUGCACAAGGAAUGUAAUUGUUUUUUUUUUCAUUUUCUUAUUUAUUUUAUCUAGAAAUAUUAUUUACUGAAGUGGUUUUUGAUUAAUUUAAAUUAUAGACUUUGGUUAAUUGAUGAAUAAAUUCAUCUGCACUUUUAUUCUGC